AUGUAUCAAAGCCUGACCUUAUCGUCCAACCAGUCCCAUUACACGCACGACACCGGGAAUUACAUUCACCCCUCGGCCAACUCCCCUGUCUACGUCCCCACCAGCAGGGUCCCGGGCAUGCUGUCCACCCUUCCUUACCUGCAGACCUGCGAGCCGUCUCACCAGUCCCACGGCCUCGGGGCUCACCACCACCACCAUCACCACCACCACCCUCACGGCUGGCCCCAGGGAAGCACGGGGGACGGCUCAUCUUUCGCACCCAGCAGCCCUCACCCUCCACACGGCUUCUCGUACUCGCACAGCCCGCCGCUGAGCACCAACCCCAGCCGGGACGGCGCCUACCAGAGCCCGCUUGUGAUCGGUAACAGCGGCCGGGCGGAGCAGCUCGGCGGUGCCCUGGUGCGGCCCGUUGGGGGAUCUUACACCGGGCCGUACGCCUACAUGAGCCCGGAGAUGGCAACAUCCUCCUGGACGCCGGGACCUUUCGAGAGCGGAGUGAUGAGCCUGCAGGGCCGCCAAGGAGGCUCUUCGACGCGGCGCUCCAGUCUGGAUCUGGUGGACGACAUGGCCACUGAGGGCAGGGAGUGUGUCAACUGCGGCUCCAUCUCCACACCACUGUGGCGCAGAGAUGGCACGGGUCACUACCUAUGCAAUGCCUGUGGCCUCUACCACAAGAUGAAUGGAAUUAACAGGCCACUCAUCAAACCUCAAAAACGACUGCAGACUACAUCUCGCCGAGCUGGCCUGUGCUGCACCAACUGUCACACUAGCACCACUACGCUGUGGCGACGUAACGCUGAGGGAGAACCAGUGUGUAACGCCUGUGGUCUCUACAUGAAACUGCAUGGGGUGCCCCGACCACUGGCUAUGAAGAAGGAGAGUAUACAGACAAGGAAACGCAAACCAAAAAUGCCCAAGAACAAAUUACCUACAGGAACGCCCACAGCCUCUGGUAGCAGCUCACCCUCGUCACUUUUGGUGUCUGAGCACGCCUCCACCAUCAAGAGCGAACCCAGCAUGACGUCCUCACCCUACGCAGGACAGACCGUCACAUCAGCCUCCCAGAGUACCACCCAAUUGAAUGCUACAGUAUCCUCAGCAUCCAUGGACAUUAAAUAUGAUGAUUAUGCUUUUACUCCAACGUCCAUGGCUCCACAGAACUCCUGGUGUGCUCUUUCUCAAGCAUGA